CACGUCAUUCCCCAAUCGAGAUCCGCCCUGGGUACGCUAGGAUACCGUACCAGACUUGUUUCAAACCAUCAAACUGGACAAUUAAGGGCCAAUAUUUCCAUCCGUCAAGCACGGGGCAUCUUGCGACAAACAGUCUCUUUUUGAAAUAUCGUUACUUAGACUCACCCCAAAUACCCCUCAAUUACAAUGCCUGCAACCAGACGAUCUACCGGGGGCGGUCGGCCUACCGGAAAGCAAGCAACGCUCUCUUUCAACCACCGAGUCACAAAGUCCGUGCCGAAAUCAGCCAAGAACCUCUCUUCUGCGCACGCUCAAAGCCCUCUCGCAAAACAUGUCAUCAACGUUGAGCCGGAUGUCAAGGACGAGGUGGACGCCGAGGAGAAGGCGGAGGUAGAAGAGCCGAAGCAGGUAGAGGUAGCGCCGGAGCGCGAGAAGACCGAGGCAGAGCUGCGCGCGGAUGAGAUCUCAGACCGCCAGAUCAGCCAGUACUGGCGAGAUAUCGAGAACGAGCGCAGGACGAAGAGACUCCAUCAGGAAGAUCUGAGCCUGGCUGAGAAGAUUCUGCGAUAUUGGGAUGUCAGUUCGCAGUAUGGGCCGUGCGUCGGUAUAACCCGCCUCAAGCGCUGGCACCGCGCUGACAGACUUGGUCUUAACCCACCCGUUGAGGUCCUCGCGGUCUUGAUGCGGGAAGAAGAGGAGGGUACCAAAGGCAUUGAGAAGGCGUACAUGGAUAACAUACUUAAUUCGACAACAAACGGGGGUGCUUAAUCCGGGGUGUAUACCUAGGAGCUUGGAAAUGUCUGUAAGUUUGACGAAGGCUUGUAAUUGCAUAUGAUGAGAUUUGGCUUGGGAAUGAAUGGCUAUCACGGAUUUCUGCGACGGUGUUUGGAGUUUAGGGCUCGGUUAAUAAUACUAUCAAUGACAAUGUAGU